AUAUGAAGUCAACACCAAACUUUUUCAGGGUUCAUAUCUACGUACGGAUUUAGCUAGCAGCUAGCUUCAAUUUUGCAGCUCCCAUCCCCCCAUCCAUUCCGUUGGAUAUAUAUAUAUAUAUUAAUAUUACUAUAGUGAUCACUCGAUGGAAUUUGUUUAGGGCUUUUGUUCAUCCUCCUCCAUACAUAUAUAUAUAGAAGCUAGCUUGUUCCUUUUGGGGUUCAUCAUCAUCUCGUUUCAGCGCAACCUCUUCAACUUAAAGGCAAUUGCCCGAAGGCCUUGGUUGAAGCAAUGACGAGAGAAGAGUUGGAGGGCAGUAGUGAUAAAGGUUGGUCCUUAGACUUGAAUGAAGCAGCGGCCAGCAGCAGCCAGGAGGCGAAGAAAGCACCGGAAGGCAGAAGUGGUGGUAGCAGCAGCUCAUCAGAACAAUCUACACAAGGAGGUGGCGGUGGCCGGAGGAACAAUAGAGUGAGGCAAUACGUUAGGUCGAAAAUGCCGAGGCUAAGAUGGACGCCCGAUCUUCAUCUCUCGUUUGUGCAUGCAGUUGAGAGGCUCGGCGGCCAAGAGAGAGCAACUCCAAAGUCGGUUCUUCAGAUAAUGAAUGUGAGAGGACUCAGCAUAUCCCACGUCAAGAGCCACUUGCAGAUGUACCGCAGCAAGAAACUUGAUAAGAAGGGGAAAGUGCUACGGCGUGGAGCGUUCAACCAAAUCCACGGAAGCCACCAAAGCGCAGCCAAUUCUAGGCCUAGCUCAACGAGUCUUAAUCACCAAUACAGUAGUACUAGUAGCAGUAGUACUACUCAUCACGGUCAGCAGCAAGCUCUUCUUCACUACUAUUCCCAAAAGAUCCUCCGUUGCACCUCAAACUUCAUUCCCAGGGGGAAACUCCGGAUUAGCAGUACAAAUCCUGGGGAUUUGAAAACUAAUAGAGUUGGGCUUGUGCUGGGAGCCAUGGGGAUGUCCAAGGAGAAAGAAAGGAUGCCUGAAGCUGACCUGCAACAACUGAAAUUAGGCACGGACGGAAGUCACUGUGGAGACGUGCACGAUGUUGUCAUUAGCACAAAGCUUUCGCUUGCUUAGUAACCAACUCAUCAGAAAGCAAGAUUUCAUGCUAAUUAGGAGAGAUAUGAUUAAGUAAUCGAUGUAAAGGCUGAGUACUGAAAGAUAUGAUCAAGCAGAAGAGACCCAACCCGCCACACCCCUGCUACUCACAUCUUUUCAAGUACUCUUAGUCUUAUACGGAUAGAUUUCGGUAUACAUUGACAUGGUACUUGGAGUGAUGUAUGCUCAAACCUACGUACACAGAAACUGGCAAAAUCCAAUAUCACAAUGAUUCAAAAGCUGUGUAUUUCAACGUUGUU